AUGAACAAAACACAGUCUAAAAACUCAUUUCAAGGUGGAAUAGAUCCAAGUGUGCGGACUCCCUCUACCACUAGAGAAUACUAUGGCUUUGUGCUCUAUCUAUCAUCGUUUGUUUCAUUUGCGCUGUAUAUUUUAUGGUCAGUUCUCCCAGAUAGGGCAUUACACAGUAUUGGAAUUACAUACUAUCCAUCCAGGAAUUGGGCUCUUACUAUUCCGCUUUGGAUUUUGGGCUUAAUUCCGUUUACUCUUGUUGUGUUUACAGCAACAAAUCUUCUCAAUACCCCACCAUUUCAAUCAUUUAUGACGCUGACUGACAAGCAUGCACGAACCAUGGCGUUGACUUCCGACGGCCUGAAUCGAGUCUUGAAGCCUGAAUUGAUCCCAGCACUCGAAGAUGUGCCGAUUGCAUUGGUAAACAGGUGUUGGUCGCAUGAAAAUAGGCUAUUCGAAUCUGGAUUCGACGAUUUCAACUUUCCCAUUGAAUAG